CCGUGGGCGUAGAAAUCUGUUAAUAAAAGAAAGAAAGAGAGGGAGAGAGAGGAGAGGAAGGAACGCAAAGCCAGGGGAAUUCGUAAUAUCCACUCCCUCCCUAUCCACCUAUAUUACUCUCACAAUCCCAAUUUCUAUUUUGCAAUCCAUUUUUCUCUCUUCAUUUUCCCAAUAAAAAAUCCUCUAUCUCUUCUCUCUCUCCAUAACUAUCUAUCUCUCUGGGUUUUCCCAAGUUAGGGUUUUACGAAUCAAAUUGAUUUCCUUCUCAAUGAGUUCCGGCUCCGUCUCCUGCCCUCCUGCUGUUCCCAAAGACUUGGCCAAGAAGAAGAGGACAAACCGGUUGGCCAAAUUGAAGCAGAGUAAGCUCGAUGUUCGCCGUGAACAAUGGCUUUCACAUGUCAAGAAUAAAGGGCAGAAGGUGAACUUGGAUGGAAGGGGCGGGUCACCUACACCCUCUAGGCAAAUAGAUAAUGUGCAAAAUGGAUCAUUGGACAAUUUGGAAACGAGUUCAACAGGAGGAGAGAAUGAUAAUACGAGCAUCCAUGACAGCGAUUUGGAGUCUCUGAUGAACAGCCCGAGUGGAAGCAGUUUGGAUUGUAAUGAUUCAAUGAAGAAUCUUAGUGAGAGCUGCAGCAGUGGUUGCUCUGGAAAUGACAGCAAGGAGGAUGCUGAUGAUGGGUGUCUAGAUGACUGGGAGGCUGUGGCAGAUGCUUUAAAUGCAGAUGACAAUAAGCAUAGCCCUAUUAUUGAUUUUCCUGCCAAAGCUGAAAUCAGAGUUGAACCAACAAGUCCCAAACUAUCUAGGGAGAAUCCUGGAGAUGAAUCAUCAAAACCAGAGAACAGAAACAUGGUUCCUGGGUCACGUACGACGUGUUGUGCUUGGAGACCUGAUGAUGCUUCUCGUCCUCAGAGCUUGCCCAAUGUGCCGAAGCAGGAUAGUUUCCUGGUGCAAUCAGACUGGCAUUGCGGGCAUGGAGCCAUUGCAUGGGCAUGGCAAAGCAUUGUGCCCCAGCCUUCUUCAUGUCCUAUAUGCUAUGAGGAUUUAGAUGUCACAGACUCGAGCUUUCUUCCGUGUUCAUGUGGUUUUCGGCUUUGCCUCUUUUGCCACAAGAGGAUUCUAGAGGCAGAUGGGCGAUGUCCAGGCUGCAGGAAGCAGUAUGAUCGUGUAAAUGGGGUUAUAGGCUUUAAUGGAGGAGCUACAACUUUUAGAGUAGCUUGAUCUUGCAGUGUGAGUACCAGAUCCUAGAAAGAGAGUUUGUAUUUCUUGAAGUUUAUGUAUAUCGGCUUUCUCUAGUUUUCGUGUUGGUCAUGUCUGUUGCACUUUUAUCAUAGUUAACAAAAAUGCGAGUAUAGUUAUAGAGGCGGGAAGCAGCCUGGUGGUAACUGAGCUUGGAACAUGGGUGAGUCCAAUUCCUGUAUGAUGUUUAGCGUAUGUUGGUGUAGGAAACUGAUGCGGUUAUGUGAAUACAUGGGAUGCUACAAACUUUCAGAAUAAGAAAUUCAAGUGUAUCUGCUUUCUUCUUACGUGUGUUACAUUUUCUUGAAUCAAACGGCUUUUGUGCAA